UUUAACGUAAGUCCGUCUGUUCUUCAUUCAGUAUCAUGUUUAACUGUUUAUUAAUGUUCCGGAGUUGUUAAAUAUUUUUACAUUAUUCCAUAUUGUCUUUCACUGUCUGUUUAAACAGCAGCUUCCACUGAUGUGUGUCCUCAGGAGGAGUUAGAGCUGGAAGCAAAUACAUGAGGAGGCUUAAAAUAAAGAGUUUCUGAUGGUCGUAAAUUCCCUGAACACAGCUCCUCGAAGAAUGUGUCACCAGGCAGCAAACAGCUGAACACAUCUGAGGAAAAAGCGGUGCCACCAUCAGAUCUGACCCGAUGGCUUCCUGUCAUGAGUUUGAGGUGACCGUCCACACCUCAUCUGGUCCCACCUGUGGAAGCUUCAGCUGCCUGUGGCUCAGCCUGAUUGGCUUGCAGGGAGAGACCCCACCCAUCACUGCGAACGAGGGUGACCGUCAUCUCCUGCCUGGAUCGGCGUGCCCAGUCCACAUCCAGACCCGUGGUCCUCUGGGUCGCCUGGUUUUGGUCCGGCUCCGGCUGGAGGCUCAGACAGGAUUCCCAGACCUGGACUGGCACUGCAGCCACGUGGAGGUCCGCAGGCUGGCUGAAAACCUGGGGUCAGACCCUGAGGAUCCAGAAACCCAGGUGUUCCCGUGUGGCAGGUGGCUUCGAGCAGCAGAUGGCGACGUAGAGCUGCGGAGUGGAACGCUGUGUUUGAUGAAGGAUGAGACUGAGGAGAAGCUGAAGCAGCAGAGACUCAAAGAGCUGCAGCAUCAACAGAAGCUCAUCAGAUGGCAGACGUUUGUAGACGGAGCUCCACAGUGUGUGGACGUGAACAGUCUGUCUGAGCUUGGGCCAAACCUCAGCUACACCCACAAAAGUCCGGCCCCGAACCUGCACUACCUGAAAGGCUUCGCUGGCCGAGCUGAGUCCUGGACCAGCUUCAGGGAGAUGGACAUGGUUUUUGCCCUCAGUGGACACCAGAACGACAUCGCCAACUUCAUCAGGACUCACUGGAGGGAGGACUGGUACUUUGGCUACCAGUGUCUGAACGGCUGCAACCCUCUACUGCUGCGUCAGACCAGGCUCCUCCCUCCGCACCUGUCCGUCACCGCUGACGUGCUCCGCCCCUUCCUGCCUGAAGACUCCUCCCUCGAGCAGGAGCUGCAGAAAGGAAACCUUUACCUGUUGGACUACGAGGUUUUGGACGGUGUCCCGGCCAACACGAUCAACGGGAAGCAGUCGUACCUGUCCGCCCCGCUGUGCCUUCUCCACCUGAACCAGCAGCAACAGCUGGUCCCCAUCGCCAUCCAGCUGCAGCAGACACCCGGCCCUGAGAACCCGGUCUUCCUGCCCUCUGACCCCGACUGUGACUGGCUGUUGGCUAAGAUUUGGGUUCACGCCGCAGACUUCCAGUGUCACCAGUUGGCCUCCCACUACCUGAGGACCCACAUGAUUGGGGAGCUGUGCUGCGUGGCCACGCUGCGACAGCUGCCGGAGGUCCACCCCCUGCACCAGUUGCUGAUGCCACAUGUCCGGACGUCGCUGCAGAUUAACUUCCAGGCCAGAAAGUCUCUGCUGGCUGUCGACGGCGUGUUUGAUAAGGCGGUGGGAUGUGGUGUGAAAGGGUUACCUGUCCUCCUCUCUCGGGCGUCACAGAGGAUUUGUUAUCGAUCUCUGUGCGUCCCCGAUGACCUGACCGACCGCGGCGUGGACAAGCUGCCGCAGAGCCACUACGCCCGGGAUGCACUGAGAGUCUGGCACGCCCUGCACAGGUUUGUGGUCAGCUGGGUGGAGCUGUAUUACGGUGCAGACACUGAUGUGCAGCAGGACUCUGAGCUUCAACACUGGAUCAACGACAUCAACACACACGGCUUCACACACAACUCAGGUUUCCCUCAGGUGUUUCAGACCAAAGCAGAAGUGUCCAAGUUUGUCACCAUGAUUAUUUACACCUGUUCAGCUCUGCACGCCGCCGUGAACUUCUCCCAGCUGGAUUUCGCUCUGUGGAUGCCAAACUGUCCGACCUCCAUGUUGCGUCCUCCUCCGCAGGUCAAAGGCUCAGUGACGGAGGAGGACAUUGUGUCCUUUCUGCCGGAUGUGAACUCGUCCUGUCGCGUCGUGAUGGCGCUGGCUCUGCUGUCACAGCCCACUGUUGACUAUGUUCCUCUGUGUCACUACAAGGAGGCCGUCUUCAGAGAUGACGCCCACCGCAGGCUGGUGGAGGAGGUGCAGGCUGAACUGAGGAGCAUCUCUGAAGACAUCUCAGAGCGCAACGGCCAGCUGGAGCUGCCAUAUCCUUACCUGUGUCCCAGGCAUGUCGAGAACAGCGUGGCCAUUUGAAUGAACAUUAUCCAGCUGCAGCAUUUUCUGACAGAGCUGAAAAUCCAGUGGAAGCAGUGGGUGAUGUUUGUUUUCUGGGUUGAGCAGCAGCUUGUUUAACUCGUUUAAAAGUGACUGUAAAGUAGUGAAUGAAUCACUGACUCAUGUUGUGGCUGUAAACUCUCUGCAGAUUCAUCUACUGUUGAUCUACUGUUCAGUCCAUUCAAACUUCUCAUCGACUGAAGUUUCAAACUGAUUUCUAAAUAAAGUGAUUGACACGUUAAGCCGCUGCAGCUUUCUUUGGAAAUCUGCGUGAUUUGUUGUAACCGUGUUGUCAUGUGAGAUUUCUCAGAUCUAAACUGGAUUUCUGAAGUGAGCGGUGAA